CUGCCCGUUGCUGCAAAACAGCAAGAGAAAGAAAUCAAGGAGCCUCUCCUGUCAUUGACCAGAUAACCCCACUGGGGUCAAUAGACAGACGGAGUUCCCAGGGGAAAAGCUGCCGACAUCAGAGGAUAAAACACUUUGGACAGCUUUUACCUUAACGCUGACCUGGAAGACUUUGACACCUGGUUACAAGGUAUUUUGGACGCCUUCACUAUUUGCCUUCUGUUUUCUAGUCAAACCUGAUUCAUGAAAUGGAACUGAAGCUGAAAACUCAUCUACUUCUUUGUCUGUGAAUUGGAGACACGACUGGGAUGGUCUUAAGCGCAUACAACUAGACUCCAACUGCAGCUAUGAGUUCAGACGAGAAGGGCAUAUCCCCUGCUCAUAAAACAUCCACUCCAACCCACAGAAGUGCCUCUUCUUCAACACCCUCCCAUAGGGACAGUCGGCAGAGUAUCCACGUCUUGGAGAGGACUGCUUCCUCCAGCACCGAACCCUCUGUAAGUCGGCAGUUGCUAGAACCGGAGCCCGUCCCCCUCUCCAAGGAAGCUGACAGCUGGGAAAUUAUAGAAGGGCUGAAAAUAGGCCAAACCAAUGUCCAGAGACCAGACAAACAUGAAGGCUUUAUGCUGAAGAAAAGAAAAUGGCCUUUAAAAGGCUGGCACAAGCGGUUUUUUGUCCUGGAUAAUGGCAUGUUAAAGUAUUCCAAGGCACCACUCGAUAUUCAAAAGGGGAAGGUCCAUGGAAGCAUUGAUGUUGGACUCUCGGUCAUGUCAAUUAAAAAGAAAGCUCGGAGAAUAGACCUUGACACAGAAGAGCAUAUCUACCAUUUGAAGGUGAAAUCCCAGGACUGGUUUGAUGCAUGGGUCUCCAAAUUGCGCCAUCAUCGAUUGUAUCGGCAGAAUGAAAUUGUCAGAUCACCAAGAGAUGCUAGUUUUCACAUAUUUCCUUCAACCUCCACAGCUGAAUCCUCACCAGCUGCUAAUGUUUCUGUUGUGGAUGGAAAGGUGCAAGCAAACAGCUUUCCAUGGCAGUCCCCUUUACCGUGCAGCAACAGCCUCCCCGCUACCUGCACGACCGGCCAGAGCAAGGUGGCAGCCUGGUUACAGGACUCGGAAGAAAUGGACAGGUGUGCAGAAGACCUUGCACACUGCCAGUCAAACCUUGUGGAACUUAGCAAACUCCUGCAAAAUUUGGAAAUACUUCAGAGAACCCAGUCAGCACCUAACUUUACUGACAUGCAGGCUAACUGUGUAGAUAUUUCAAAGAAAGACAAGCGGGUCACAAGACGAUGGAGAACAAAAAGUGUCAGCAAAGAUACAAAAAUACAACUGCAGGAAGGGCCAUCUGCGAAGGGCCAGUUCAGCACCACUCGGCGCCGGCAGAGGCUAGCGGCAGCAGUGGCUACAACAGUCCCUUUCAGUGCUACCAUGUCGCCAGUUCGCUUGCAUUCCUCCAACCCCAACCUGUGUGCAGAUAUCGAGUUUCAGACGCCCCCUAGUCACCUCACAGACCCUCUGGAAAGCUCAACGGAUUAUACAAAGCUUCAAGAAGAAUUUUGUCUAAUUGCACAGAAAGUGCAUUCUCUUUUGAAGUCUGCAUUUAAUAGCAUAGCUAUAGAGAAGGAGAAGCUUAAGCAAAUAGUUUCGGAACAGGAUCAUAAUAAAGGCCACAGCACGCAAGUGGCACGGCUCCGGCAGUCACUGUCUCAGGCACUCAACCAGAAUGCUGAACUAAGAAGUCGGUUGAACAGAAUACAUUCAGAAUCUAUUAUUUGUGAUCAGGUUGUCAGUGUAAAUAUUAUUCCUAGCCCUGAUGAGGCUGGUGAACAAAUCCAUGUCAGUCUCCCCCUGUCGCAGCAGGUAGCCAACGAAAGCCGCCUGUCCAUGUCAGAGUCUGUCUCCGAGUUCUUUGAUGCCCAGGAGGUGCUGCUCUCUGCAAGUUCGUCAGAGAAUGAGGCUUCAGAUGAUGAGUCUUACAUCAGUGAUGUGAGUGAUAAUAUAUCUGAAGACAACACCAGUGUUGCAGACAACAUUUCUCGGCAAAUCUUGAAUGGGGAGCUUACAGGAGGGGCCUUCCGAAAUGGACGUCGAACAUGCCUGCCAGCUCCCUGUCCUGACACCAGUAACAUUAACCUGUGGAAUAUCUUGAGGAACAACAUUGGUAAAGACUUGUCUAAAGUCUCCAUGCCUGUGGAGCUGAAUGAGCCACUCAACACGCUGCAGCAUCUCUGUGAGGAGAUCGAAUACAGUGAGCUUCUGGACAAGGCUUCAGAAACUGAUGACCCCUAUGAGCGCAUGGUUCUUAUUGCUGCAUUUGCAGUUUCAGGAUAUUGCUCCACCUAUUUCAGAGCAGGAAGUAAGCCAUUCAACCCUGUCCUCGGGGAGACUUACGAAUGCAUUAGAGAGGACAAGGGAUUCCGAUUUUUCUCAGAACAGGUUAGCCACCAUCCACCCAUUUCUGCCUGUCACUGUGAAUCCAAGAAUUUUGUGUUUUGGCAAGAUAUCAGAUGGAAAAACAAGUUCUGGGGGAAGUCGAUGGAAAUCCUGCCUGUUGGAACACUGAAUGUCAUGCUUCCCAGGUAUGGAGAUUGCUAUGUAUGGAAUAAAGUCACCACAUGUAUACAUAAUAUUCUCAGUGGGAGGAGGUGGAUAGAGCAUUAUGGAGAAGUAACCAUUAGAAAUACCAAAAGCAGUGUUUGCAUUUGCAAACUCACAUUUGUUAAGGUGAAUUACUGGAAUUCUAAUGUGAAUGAAGUCCAGGGGGUUGUAAUGGAUCAGGAAGGGAAGGUGGUGCACCGGCUAUUUGGGAAGUGGCAUGAAGGGCUCUUCUGUGGCGUGGCCCCUUCUGCCAAGUGCAUCUGGAGACCAGGUUCCAUGCCAACCAACUAUGAACUCUACUAUGGUUUCACAAGGUUUGCUAUUGAGCUCAAUGAGUUAGAUCCUGUGCUGAAAGAUCUCCUUCCACCAACAGAUGCCCGAUUCCGGCCAGAUCAGAGGUUUUUGGAAGAAGGAAAUUUAGAAGCUGCGGCAGCAGAGAAGCAAAGAGUAGAGGAGCUGCAGAGAUCACGCAGGCGCUACAUGGAAGAAAACAACCUUGAACAUAUACCAAAAUUUUUUAAAAAAGUUAUUGAUGCCAAUCAAAGAGAAGCCUGGGUUUCUAAUGAUACCUACUGGGAGCUGCGAAAGGACCCUGGGUUUAGCAAAGUAGACAGUCCUGUUCUUUGGUAAACUGGGAAUGUAGAGCUAGCCAACAUAUCACGCUCUGAAUGAAUAAAUAACUAUGCACAAUUAUGUUUCCUAGAGCUCCGCGUGGUUUCUGGGUCGACUGAAAACCGACCAUUUGCUUUUCUAUUCAUCUUUAUAAUGGACUUUCAGAAGUGCAUUAGACAAGGCCCCUAACCACUUUUGGAUCCUUUCUGUUUUGCUGCAACCAUAUCCCUUAAAAAACAUCCACGCCCUCCUUGAAAAGCAGAAAAAAAGGAGCAGAAUAUAAAAUCCAAAGUCUGAAGUGUCUGUGAAGAAAACAAACUGUAACUGGUGCUUAAAGCUGAUCCAGAGAGUUAAAAGCAACGUGACGUCUAAACCACGCGUUUGGUCCUUUGUCUGGAAGCACCAUCCCGUCCUCAGAGAAGCUCCCGGGCCAUGGCAGCUGGUCAGCUCAGACUUCGAGUGUGUCUAUUUGAUGUGGUGUACUUGUGCUGACCUUGUCAAAAAAGAUGUGAUACUUCUCAGAACCUGUUCCAUCUGUACGCCAUUGUUCAUGCCUUAAGAAAUGCAAAGAUGUACAAUAAAUCAUUUUUUAAAUGUGUGCUCCUAGGUUUAUGUGAAGGACAGCUCUUUUGAAUCAUGGCAUGAUUCACUUUCUGGGAUCAGAACAAUUAGGAGACUAACACAUGGAUUUUUGCAAAGUAAACGACACAUGCUUUACUUUGAUCUGUCGGCUACUGUAUCAUAUAUCCGAAGGGCAAGAAGGAAAAGGUGUGCUCAGUAGAUCUCUGUAUUCACAUUGCUCGUCAAGUUCCUGUCCUGCCACCCGAUAAUAAACCCUCUUCGACCUAA